AUGCCAAUCAAAAUACCGAAAGGAACGGUUAUCCCUGGGAUAGAGAAUAAUGAACAAUUCAAGGUUUGGGUUGAUGCCAAUUCUCAUUCUAAUUUAACAAUGGAUCAUAGUCAAUUAGGUGGUAUAGGAUUGUUUUAUGAGUCAAAAGAACCAAUACAAGAUGAAGAAGACCCGGUUAUACUAAGGGUUCCAUCAGACUCAAUUGUUGACUUACAUAAAUUAUUUGACAUGCUAGAGGAAUUAAAAGUUAGAGAUCGUUCUCAAAUUGAUGGUCAAAUCUCAGAAUCUAAAGUAAUUGUUGAAUCGAUACAAUCUAUGGUAAUUAGAACAGAAACAGACAUAUUGAUGGCAUACAUAGUGGCAUUGAAGAUUUUGAAAAGUUACAGAGAAAAUUCAGGGCAAGUGAAGGAGUAUUUCAACUCGCCAAUUAGUAAAUAUAAUACCUAUUUGAAUAUUUUAUCAAAUACCAAUGUUAGCAAUCCUCAUAAAGACGAUAUACUUAGUAUGGAACAUAAAGUUAAGGAAAACUAUAUAGUCAAAGCAACGAUUGGAUUUAAUUAUGAAGAAUACAUUACUAAAAUGACAGACUGUUUUCCGCAGCUAAAUAUGAAAGAAUUAAUGCCAUUCGAGACAUAUUAUCAAUUACAUAGAGCGGUAAUGUCAAGAUCAUUAGAGAUACCUCGAGGUUUGGAGGAGGAAGAAGACUCAGACGAUUAUGUUGUAGAUGUUUCUUUGGUCCCAAUUUUAGAUUUUGUUAAUCAUAAUAGAUCAAGUAAUUCUUACUUUGACAUUGACAAAGAUACCAAUGAUGUGAUUUUAAAAUUAAAGUCCAAUGAAGUUAAAAAAAAAGUUGGUAAAUUCGAAAUAACUAUAACUUAUGAUGAUCUCGAUUAUACAACAGACUUUUUUAUAGCUUACGGAUUCAACAUGCCGUAUGAAUCAGAAGAAUGA